CCCAACACAGUGCUAAAACCCAGAAAAUGGCCGACCCCAAUCCCCCGUCUGAAAAUCUUCCCCCAUCUUCUUCAGCCAAAGCCGGAACCGACAUCAAGAAAAUACUUGGGGGCGAUCAUAAGAUCCACUUCCCGAACCCGCCGGACCCAUCAAACCCGGACCCGGCUACUCUACGGGAGCAGUGGAGAUACGCCGUCAGGCAGUACAGUAGAAUGUACUCCCACGCCUGGGGCACCGCCAUUCUCGCCGGAGCUUCCUUCUUUGCCCUCGGCUGGUUCAUCAAAGGUGGCAAUCCACUACCCUCUUUCGGCACCCACGACGAUCCUCCUCCUCCGGCCGACAAUACUGAGGAGCCUCGCCACGGGGCAUGAGUGUUCUACUUUCUAAGUCAGGUUGUGUUCCCCCUGUUGUGUUCUGUUAAGUUUAAAAUCAAGUUUUCAGAUUUGCCAUGUUUUCCAAGAAUCUAUUACAAGAAAUUGACUUUUAUGUAUGACGGAGAAAUUAUGUAAUCAUGCUCAAGAACACUCUACUAUGAUUGUUUAAUGGUUGAACCAAUAAUCAGUGGAACAAUUCGUAAUAGAUCUGUAAA